CACCGAACCGUGCCGUGCCGAGCCGAGCCGUGCCCGGGCGGCGCUGCAGAGGGCGGAGCGGGCUCCCGGCUCGGUGCUCCCGGCGGGCGGCGCUGCUGCGUCGCUGUGCGAGGGAGGCGCCGCGGGGCCGGGCGCCGGGCUGCGGGCACGGGGGUGUGAGCGGCCGGGCAGGGCGCCCCCAGGAUGCUGCGGUUCCUGCGCAGGACCUUUGGCCGCCGCUCGAUGCAGCGCUACGGGCGAGGGGCCGGCCGCGGAGCCGGCCGCGGGGGGCUCGGCGGCGAGGGGGACGAGCGGGACGGGGGGCUGCGAGGAGCCGCCGCCGCCGCCGUGGGCUCCGGAGGCUUUCCCUCGUCGCCGCACCCCGGGGGGGUCUCGCACGGCGCCGGAGCCCCCGUGCACAUCCCCGCCGCCGGCGGCAGCAAGCCGGUGCUGCAGUGCCGCGUCCUGCUGCUGGACGGCACCGAGGUCAGCGUGGAGCUGCCGAAACAUGCAAAGGGACAGGAGUUAUUUGACCAGAUUGUAUAUCAUUUGGACCUUGUGGAAACCGAUUACUUUGGCCUACAGUUCAUGGAUGCUUCCCAGGUUUCAGUAAGUAUAAAUUUAGUUAUUUUUAAAGUAAUGCAGUAGGUUGUGUUGCAUAUU